GUUUGGUUUCGUGAAACUUGUACGUACUAGACAUAGGCGGGAAAAUACUACUCCAAUUUGGGUCUUUAGUCUCUCUCCUACAUUUCCCUCUUCUACAGUCUCUCUCCUCCAUUGCCUUUCCUUUCAAGCAAAACUCCUUUUGCCUACUUUUUCUUCCACAAAUCGCAAAUCUUGACUAAUUUCUCACUCUCCACCUUUCCAAUUCUUAAGUAAUUAGUGAAGCAAUACUGAAGAAAUUGCAUAGAUGGAUUCGGAGGCUGCACGAACUGCACGAGACUCUCUGGAACUAGCAUUUCAGAUGUCGAACAUACUUGAAACGGGAUUAGAUCGUCACUCUCUUUCUGUCUUGAUUGCACUAUGUGAUCUUGGCUUGAACCCUGAGGCGCUUGCUGCAGUUGUGAAGGAGCUUAGAAGAGAGCCCCCACCUUCUUCGACCAUCCCAGCUGAUGCACCUGCUCAUUCCUGAACAUUUUUUCCUCUGCCCUGUUAUUUGUAUUCACCCUUUACCUUUUCGUUUCUAUUGUAGAGUUUUUACUUUUUAGUAUUGAAUUGCUUUGGAGAAUGCUGCAGAUGUAUCAGCUUCAAUAUAUGCUUGAAUUAGCAAGUAGCCUGGUAACUUUGUGUUAUACUGGUAUAAAAUUGUUGUUUGUUGAUUUCUCUUGGUUUUAGUUCGAGUAAAAUUUAUCUUACUAGCUA